CAUAUUUGUUUGUUAGCUGCUCUCAAGUACAUUCUAGAAUUUCCAAAAUACUCUUUGUUUUGGAAAAGUCUUAGGUUAAGUUACUAUUUCUGAAUUAAACUCGUGUUGUAUAUAAGUGCCAAACCCAAAAAUGGCAAAUAUGUUCGGCUUAAUAGUGUCAGGAAGGCUGGUGCAAACCGAUUUCACUCCCGUGUCGGAGACUAGUUUGGUGACGACGAUUCUGGACGUGGAUUCGAUAAAUCACGCGGUGGUGUUCCUGACGGGGACGACGCCGCUGCCGGUGGGCUCGGUGGCCGUGGUCUACUGGAGCUGGCCGGACCCCAACGCGCCGCCGAACUGGCAACCCUUAGGCCACAUUUCCAACGCCAAACCCUCCGCAAUAUUCAAAAUAUCCAACUUGAAGAAGCUUCACGAAUUAUCUAGUGAAAACAAAUUUAUGAGUGCAUUUGGUCAACAACAAAUAUGUAAUAAUGCACAGAUCGGUAUCUCCAUAGAACCUGAAGCUAAUGCCCAGCUUCUGCCUUCCUCAGAUGCUCAACAAGCUCACUCGUACGUAACAUUUGCUCAGAAGAUGUUAGAGAAUUUAGUUAAUUUUGUAGCAUCAUUCUCCGUGACGCAAGACCAGAUGACACCCACACCCGGAGUGUCCUAUAUCCCCCUCAACACGUUGCACACCUGGUACCAAAACUUUGAGAGGAGGCUCCAGCAGAAUCCUAACUUCUGGAAGAACUAACUCUGUGAACAUUCUGCUUGUGUUUUAAUGACAUUUUAGUGUUGUAACAAAUUGGCGAGUGAAGUUUUGCUUGAGUUAGUAUUAAGUGAACAUUAUUUUUUUUAUUAGGAUGUGGCAAUAAAGAAGUGUUUUUGUGAUACGAUGCAUCACUAGGAACAAAGUCUGCCAUGUGUUAGUUAGUGUUUGUAAAUGCAGUUGGAAUAUGUUAUGUAUAAAAUGACCUUAAUUUUGUUAUUCUCGUCUGAAAACUCAUAAUAUUUAUAUAAUUCAGGUAGAUUAAUUAAAAAGGGCAUAGCCUAUACAUCUAAACAGAUGAAAAACCUAGAUUAAGCAGAAUGUUGCUAGUCUUUCACUACUAUUGCACUUGUCUUCUAUCUUAAACUAUACAAUAUACAUAUUGCCUUAUUUCAUAAACUAAUAACAAAAUUAACUACUUUAGUUAAUUAUUACUGUUAAUAUGCAGAUUUCUUAAAUUUGGAGAUAUUACGAAUACAGACAGAAUCUAUCGCAAAAUUAAUAAAAUAUUCAUUGAGCUAUGCUUAUGUUUGCCUGCAUUUGAAAAGCAUGUUAUUAUAGACUGAGUGGAAGUGGUAAAGAAUUGUUCAAACAAUUCCAAUUUGUUGCUAAUUUAAGACUGUUUAUUAUAUUUUUAUA